AUGAGUGAUAAGAAGAAUACUAAUACUGCUGCAGCUAAAGAGGAUAACUACAAGUAUCCACCAGCUCCACCCCCAAGAAUCAAUCAAGUUCAAGCUGCUCUUCAAGGUAAUCAAUGUCUUCAACAAGUAGCUAUGGGUGGGUUGAUGGGAGCUACAGUUGGAUCAAUGUUUGGUUUAGUGAUUGGUAUGACUACUUGUUACAUGUCAAAGGCACCAAGAACGAUGUACUCCAAGAUUGCUGGAAAAUUCGCACUUCAAAUGGGUGGUUUCUUUGGUGGCAUUAUGUCUAUUGGUGGUGCUUUACGUUGUGAAGAAGAUGAAACAGAAGAUGUAAAAUCAAACAACAACAACAAAAAUAAUAUCAACGACGAUCUAAACACAUAUAGUUUUCUAAAUUUGUACAGUAAUAAUAACAAUAACAAUUCAUUAAAAAUCAACCAUUUCAAUACCACCAAAUAUAACAAAUCUUCUCUAAACAUCUUGACAGAGGAUGAAUAA